AGUUCGCCGUUGAUCGUGGUACCGUAAACUGCGAUCCUUCUCCCUUCGCGUAAAGUGCAAACACACCUCGGCGAAGAUCAUCGGUGCUGCAAGCACGGAAUUCACUCGAUAGGAUAAGAUCGACGACCCGUCAAAGAUGAGCUGCAACUGCCCUCUGACUCAAUCAACUGGUCCGACUCUUGCAUCAACAUGCGGUGGUUCAUCUUUCAUGCUCUUUAUGGGUCUCCUCGAAGUGUUCCUACGCAGUCAAUGCGACCUUGAAGAUCCUUGCAACAGACCUGUACCGCCCAACAACGUCAACUCCAGGUAUGACUUCGUAGUAAUAGGAGGCGGCAGUGCUGGCGCAACAGUGGCUGCCAGAUUAUCAGAGGAACCACGAUUUUCGGUGUUACUACUGGAAGCUGGGUUAGAUGAACCCACCGGAACACAAAUACCAUCGUUUUUCUUCAAUUUCAUAGGAUCUAACAUUGAUUGGCAAUACACCACGGAAAGCGAAGACGGAGCAUGUUUGAACAAAGAUGACAGGAAAUGCUAUUGGCCAAGAGGAAAAGUAUUAGGUGGCACCAGUGUCAUGAAUGGAAUGACAUAUAUGAGAGGUUCGCGAAAGGAUUAUGACGACUGGGCCAGGCUUGGCAACGUAGGAUGGUCUUAUCAAGAUGUCCUUCCAUAUUUCAUCAGGAGCGAAGAUAAUCUCCAAGCUAACACUAUGGAUUAUGGUUAUCAUGGUGUUGGUGGACCUCUUACAGUUACACAGUUUCCUUAUCACCCGCCAUUGAGUUACGCUCUCCUUGAAGCUGGAAAGGAACUCGGAUAUGGCAGUGUAGAUUUAAACGGACGAACGCAUACUGGAUUCGCAAUCGCUCAAACAACAUCUAGAAAUGGUUCUCGACUAUCAACGUCACGAGCAUUUCUUCGACCAGCUAGAAAUCGACCGAAUCUUCAUAUAAUGCUCAACUCCACAGCUACCAAAAUCCUUUUUGAUAACAACAAGAGGGCUGUUGGUGUAGAAUUCGUCCAUGACGACAAGGUUCAUCGCGUAUCGGUAGCUAAGGAAGUCGUCAUAAGUGGAGGUGCCGUAAAUUCACCACAAAUACUUCUGAACAGCGGUAUUGGGCCACGAGAGGAUUUGAACGCGGUUGGCGUUCCGGUCGUACAUGAUCUGCCUGGUGUUGGCAAGAAUCUUCACAACCAUGUCGCCUACACGUUAGUUUUCACUAUCAAUGAUACCGACACCACUCCUCUUAAUUGGGCCACUGCGAUGGAGUACUUACUAUUCAGAGAUGGCUUGAUGUCUGGAACAGGCAUAUCCGAAGUGACCGCCAUGGUGAACUCAAAAUACGCGAAUCCAAAAGAGGACCACCCGGAUAUCCAGCUAAUUUUCGGCGGUUACUUGGCAGAUUGCGCCGAAACCGGCAUGGUUGGCGAGUCAAAAGGUGCAAACCGCUCUAUCUACAUUAUCCCAACGUAUCUACAUCCAAAAAGUCGCGGUUACCUUCGUUUGCGAAAUAACGAUCCCCUCUCGAAGCCACUGAUUUACCCGAAAUAUCUGAGCCACGCCGAAGACGUAGCCGGCCUUGUUGAGGGUAUUAAGUUCAGCAUUAAGUUGGCGGAGACAGACGCUCUCAGCAGAUAUGGACUCCAAUUGGACCGUACACCGGUGAAGAACUGCGAACAUUUGAAAUUUGGUUGUGACGCUUACUGGCAAUGCGCCGUGAAGCAUGAUACAUCUCCAGAAAAUCAUCAAGCUGGUUCUUGUAAAAUGGGACCAUCGGACGAUCCUUUCGCCGUAGUAGAUAAUCAGUUGAGAGUUAGGGGCAUAAGAGGCGUCAGAGUGGCUGACACUAGCAUCAUGCCGAAGGUUGUUUCCGGUAAUACAAACGCGCCUGCAAUCAUGAUAGGUGAACGGGCUGCUGACUUUAUCAAAAGAACUUGGGUGGGGUGAACAAAGCUUUUCAAUGAAGAAGAGUAUACAUUUUGGAAUCAAAACUUGAUCAUCUACGGAAAUAAAUUUAUCAUUGGUCGAUGCGAAACGGUAAUCAAUAUUUAGUUUAUAUAAUCUUCAGAUUUCAUUUGAAUAAUACACGAUGAUACUUUUAUGUGGCGAGUAGACAUGAGAAAAAUGAAAAAUCUGUGUUAGUCGUAACGAACAAAAUUAUUCAAUUACAAAUACGCAAUUCCUGAUUGUUAUGGAAGUAUAACUUGACGAAAUUAGAAAUUCGACUCAAUAUUUUGGCAAAUAAAGCAGAUGCAACGGUUGCAAUGACAGGAGACUAAAAGAAAACGAUCCCUAAGAAAUACGAAAAAUUUGUUAAAGUGUGACAGUGAGGAAAAAUCAUGUAAGCAGUAACGGUCAUUAUUUCAACUUUUAACCCUUUUUUUUAGAAAAAAGGUAUGACUUAUUGUAAAUAGUUCAAUAAUAACACGAUAUGCUUUAUAAUAAUAGGUACAAUUUACACUAUUUUUAAUAUCGUAAUAAAAAUACAAAUUUUCACCUGUAUUUGUAAACUAGUAUAUUAUAAUUUUCGUAUCGGUCACUCCUAAUAUGUUUGAAAGUUUCAAAUGGCUCAUUGAAAUUAAAUUUUAGAAGUAUUAGAAUGAUAGAAGCAAAUUUCAAUAGUAGAAUGCACUGUAAAUUCUUUAUAGUAUGGGUUAAGAUAUAUAUCCAGCAAAAUAAAGACUAUUAAAAAGAAUUGAUGAAUUGUAAACUAAAAUAUUUUAAAGAACGAUAAUGGAGAUUGAAGAAAAUUAUUAAAUUUUCGGAUGUUUUUGAAUAUUUUUGUAUAGACUAUAUUAUGGGAAAAAACAUUUCAGAACGAACGCUUUAUCUUCAUUUGAAAAUAGUUAUUCAACCAUUGAUCAAUAUCACAAUAAGAAAGUUGUGGCUUUCAUGGCCUGACAACAUACAGUUCAUACUAUUAAGACUUUAGAGUAUAAGUUUAAUCUUUUAAAAAAAAUUAUCCGAAUUUUUGGUCGAAUCUUUUAUAUUUAACAUCAUUAGGGAUGGAAUGACAUACAGGAAUUGUACGUAUUGCGUAAUAGUUCAAUACUAGAUAUGUGACAUUUAGGAUCGAUAAUUGCUAACCAGAGAUUAUAAUUAAUUCAUUAAAGAAUCGCAAAUUAGCUUAUACUCCGAAGUCUCGACUUUAAGAGCUGUGUGUGUUAUGAUUAGAUUAGAUAAUGAAGGUUUUGUAAUGUAAGCAAUCGUUACUUAUUUAUAGUAUACGGGAAGAUGUUACUGAAAAACGUGGUAUUAUUUCCGUUACAAAUAAAUUCAAUUUAAAUAUAACCUUUCUGCGACAUAAGAUAUAAAUUACUAUAAAAAUUAAUUGAGAUAAUUAUGAUAAUUGAAAAUUAUGAAAGCCAAGAUUGAAAUAGGCCUGGCAAUAUUACUGUUACAGGAAACAAUCGAAUUCUUAACAUAAAUGUAAUAUUGCAAAUAUAGAAAUAA